AGGUCAGACUUUGUUUGAUUCAACACUCGGCAAAGCAGAGGAAGACACGGCAGACACCGCACCUUCAACCAAGGUAAAGGAUGGCUAUGACAGGCCAAAGCUCAUGCUCCACCAUGAGUAACCACACCAAGGAGCGGGUCACCAUGGCCAAAGUGACCCUGGAAAACUUCUACAGCAACCUCAUCACCCAACAUGAGGAAAGAGAGAUGAGGCAGCAGAAGCUGGAGAAAGUGAUGGAUCAGGAGGGUCUGGCAGAUGAAGAGAAACGUAUCCGUCGCUCUCAGCAUGCAAGGAAAGAGACAGAGUUUCUGCGUCUGAAACGCACGCGACUGGGCCUUGAGGACUUUGAGUCCCUGAAGGUGAUUGGACGAGGUGCUUUCGGAGAGGUUCGCCUAGUACAGAAGAAAGACACCGGUCAUGUUUACGCCAUGAAAAUUCUCCGUAAGGCUGACAUGUUGGAGAAGGAACAGGUGGGUCAUAUCCGUGCUGAACGAGACAUCCUAGUGGAAGCAGACAGCCUGUGGGUGGUGAAAAUGUUCUACAGUUUCCAGGAUAAGAUGAACCUGUACCUCAUCAUGGAGUUUCUGCCAGGAGGAGACAUGAUGACCCUCUUGAUGAAGAUGGACACUCUGACUGAGGAGGCCACUCAAUUCUACAUAGCAGAGACGGUGCUGGCCAUCGACUCUAUCCACCAGCUGGGCUUCAUCCACAGAGAUAUCAAACCAGACAACUUGCUGCUGGACUCCAGGGGUCACGUGAAGCUGUCUGACUUUGGGCUGUGCACCGGACUGAAGAGGGCUCACCGUACUGAGUUUUACAAGAAUCUGAACCACAGCCUGCCCAGUGACCUCACCUUCCAGAACAUGAACUCCAAAAGGAAAGCAGAAACCUGGAAGAGGAACAGAAGGCAACUGGCCUUCUCCACAGUGGGAACCCCAGACUACAUUGCUCCUGUCUUCAUGCAAAAUGGAUACAACAAGCUCUGCGACUGUGAGCCUGGUGUCAUCAUGUAUGAGAUGCUCAUAGGCUAUCCUCCAUUCUGCUCAGAGACACCUCAGGAGACAUACAGGAAGGUGAUGAACUGGCGGGAGACACUCAUCUUUCCUCCAGAAGUGCCUAUAUCGGAGAAGGCCAAAGACCUCAUUCUUAGGUUCUGCUGUGAAGAGGAGCACAGAAUCGGUGGCCGUGGUGUGGAGGAAAUAAAGUCCAACCCCUUCUUUGAGGGGGUCGACUAUGACCAUAUCAGAGAGAGACCUGCUGCCAUCCCCAUAGAGAUCAAAAACGAUGACACAUCACACUUUGAUGAAUUCCCUGAUUCAGACAUUCUUCAGCCAACAGUCACCCACAGUAUCCAACCAGACUGAGGCCGACCUGAAGAACAAGGAUUGGG